AUGUAUUUUACUUCAUCAGCCUCUGACAGCUCAUGGUCUGAGACUCCUAGUCCGACUAUUUCGUCGACUGCCGACGCACACGCUGUCGGGCUGCUUGACAUUGAUCGCAGCAAUCCAGGCUUCCCACCAAUUGCUUCUCUAUUGCCGUCGGCGUCGAGAACUGUGUCGCCGAUAACGAGGUCACAUGAAGCAGCAAAGACAAAUGUUUUGGCCGCUUCAAGUCAUGCGACAAAUCCAGGAGAUCAUGCAGGUAAGAAUGGAGGCCGCUGGACGGAGCAAGAGCAUCAGAAUUUUCUCGCGGGCUUGCGCCUUUACGGUCGUGAAUGGAAAAAAGUGGCCGCUAAAAUCAAGACGCGCACGUCUGCACAGAUUCGAAGCCACGCUCAGAAGUACUUUGCGAAGAUCGCUCGGGACAAGGAAUCGCAUGUGCCCAACGAACUUUUCACGACUAUGGCCGGGCCGGUCGAUUAUUUUAGUGAUGGUGGCUCUUCGUUUGCACAGAACAGUGGCGACGAUGAUGCCCUUAUCUCGGAUGCAGCUCGACAAACGGCUCGGACGCAUUCAUCGAGUGGAAUAGCAGACGAAUGUGCUGCUCACUUUACCGCUUCAACGGGGUCUGAUGCCGCAGGAUCAUAUAAACAGCCAGCAGGGACUUUAAAAAAGCGAUCACGCCCAUUACUGUCAAGUAUUGGCGAUCAGGAAGGAAUGAAGCCGCGAUCUCUAUACAAUCCACACAAGCUGUACAAACAUAAGAACGAUGCCACACAAGUGGAAGGCCUUCCGUCGCAGGAAGAGCUUCUCGCAAAGGUAUCCCCCAAGUUACGUCAUCGACUGUCCAGUCUUAUUGAAUCAGAGCUGUGUGCGCUCCAGGUUCUCUCUUGCUAUGCAAUGCAACAGCAAAAUCAAAGGUUGACAGCACACCAAGAAUCCAAGCGACAGAGAGGACAUUUUAAACCAGCUGCGGCAGCAACUGCUACAACAGGGACAUCGUCGCUCGGACUGUCAAUGCUGUCCACCGAGCAAGUCCGAUCGACUUCAUCUAUUUAUUAA